UCUCUCAGAGAAGCUCUGCACUCUCUCGACCAGAAAUGGCUCCAACCAGCACUCGAGACUCUCCUAUUUCAAUGCUCUCCACCAAAGACAGACAUAAAUUGAGGAAACCAGUCGUGGAAAAGAUGCGAAGAGAUCGUAUCAACACCUGCAUCGAGCAGCUCAAGGUCCUGCUGGAGAAGGAGUUCCACAAACAGGAUCCUAACGCUAAGCUGGAGAAGGCUGACGUCCUGGAGAUGACUGUGGCCUUCCUCAAGCAGCAGCUGCAGAUCCAGAGCCCGGCUGCUCACACAGCACACAGCCAAGGCUACUCGCAGUGCUGGAAGGAAACCCUGCACUUCCUGUCCUCCAACUCACUGAAGGAUGUGACUCUUCCACACCUCCAGCGCAUCCCCACUGCCCACAGAGCCGGCCACGACGUCUUCUCCACACCUGCCCGCUCCUCUAAGAUCCACAUCCAGAGUCCAGUGAAGCAUCUUCCCAGCCCAGUGAAAGAAGUGUGGAGGCCGUGGUAGAUGAUCCACAGACUCUGUAUCACACAGGAUGGAGGUUUUCCAUCAUAUAAGCUGUAUAGGAUACUUCAGCAGUUCAGUUGAAUACAUUGUUCUUCGUGUAAAACAAGAAGCAAAAUGGAUUGUUUUGUUGCUUUAGUUUCUCCAUUAUGGAGGUUCUGUGCCUUUCAGUGCAAAAGCUCAGUUUUGUUCAGCUUUUUUCAGCUGUGCCUUGUAGGUGAUUUCACCUUUUGUAAUGUAAAAGCUUGCUACAUUUGCCUGAUGUAUUACUCCUGUGGAGCUGACGGUCUAAUGAUAAAUUCUAUAACUGAAUUACUGUAAUAGGUGAUGUAGUGGAGAUUAGUUCUCCCAUGGUACUUAUCUUCCAAGUGAAGGGUGUUUUACUGUAACCUUUUGUAAAGGAAAUUCAAUAUAUGAAACUUAUUUUGUCAUGUGAUGUAGCACAAACAGAUAUGCCUACUGAUA